AUGAGCGCCCGCACACGACGACAGAAGGCUGCCCUCGCCGAAGAGAGCGACUCGCCCAGCAAUGGUUCCGUGUCACCCUCCAAGCGGUCCCCCUCCAAGAGAGCUCGAUCUGCUGCGCGCGAUGCGCCCAAGGAGAACAUCUUCCUCUUCACGCCCAACCUGAUCGGCUACACCCGUGUCGUGUUGACCUUCGCUUCCCUAUAUUACAUGCCCCUCCACCCCCGAACCUGCUCUUUCCUUUACACCGUGUCUUGUCUGCUGGACGGUCUGGACGGUUAUGCCGCUCGUUACUUUAAUCAAUCCACCACCUUCGGUGCGGUGCUGGACAUGGUCACCGACCGCUGCACCACCGCGUGUCUCCUGGUGUUCCUGAGCUCCGCCUGGCCCCGCUGGGCUAUUGUCUUCCAGGCUCUCAUCAGUUUGGACAUGGCCAGCCACUACAUGCACAUGUAUGCUACUCUGAGCAUGGGAGGUUCCAGCCAGAGCCACAAGAAGGUCGACCCUACCCGUAGCUGGAUCAUGUACCAGUACUACACCAACAAGGCCGUUCUUUUCGUGUGCUGUGCCCUUAACGAGGCCUUCUUCAUCGGCCUGUACCUGCUCUCCUUCUCAUCGCCCAUCCUGUCUCCCUCGCUCCUGCAGCCCGUCUCCGAUGGCGCGUCCGCUCAGCCCGGCAACCCGGCUCACCCCGAGCCAGCCAGCCUCUUCUCCAGCCCCUGGAGUGCCGGUGCCCUCGAGAUGGCCCGUGCCAACAAGCUCGAGAGCACCUGGCCGUGGAUCAUCACCGGCAUUGCCUUCCCCGUCAUGGCGUUCAAGCAGUUCGUCAACGUCGUCCAGAUGGUGAAUGCCAGCAAGUGGUUGGCCGAGGGCGACCUCAAGACCCGCCGCGCCAACCUCAAGAAAUAA